AAGAAUUAAGAAAAUUAUUAGACGAUGUGAAUACAUGGCAUCCAAAUAUUAAAUUAGACUAUAAAAUUGGUAAUAGUCUUCCAUUUCUUGAUGUACAACUUACAAAUAAUAAUGGCAUACUCUCAACAUGUGUCUAUCAUAAACCUGCAGCUGAACCAUAUGUUACACCAUUUACAUCUGAUCAUCCUCGACAUGUUUUUUCAAAUAUUAUCAAAUCUUUUAUUGAACGUGCAACAAAAUAUUCAUCAACAUUCGAAGCAUUUAAUUAUGAGCGACCUUCCAUUAAAUUGAUGUUACUAUACAAUGAAUACCCAUCAACAUUUAUUGAAAAUGAGUUUCACAAAUAUUUUUCGGAAUAUAUAUCAAAACCACCAUUUCUACCAUUAAUUGAUGACGAACGGAAAUAUUUUCUUAUGCGAAAACAAAUCUUAGGUCAACCAACACCUCGGCAAACACAAGUGGCAAUGAGUGCAGCAUUGGCUGACAUUGACAACGAUCCACUAGAUGAUGAUGAGAGACAACAACCAAACCCAGACCCAAAAAAAACUGAAGAAAAAAUCUCAAACAUUAACGAAAACUUCUUUACUCAUUAUACAUAUGAAAAACGUUUCAAAACAUGCAAACGAGAUAUGCAUCAAGUAUACCACGAUACAUUUAAAGAUACACCAGCAGUGUACACAAAAUUAAUCGUAGUCGACCGCAUCCGUCGUCAAGCACACAAUGAACUGAUACGCAAACGACCAAAUAAAACAUUAUUACAAACCACAACAAUAACCAAAAAUCAAUGUUAUGGUAGUAAACAUUGGCCAGAUACUGGUGAAAUAGAUGCGAUGGAACAAGUUGGUUUUGAUCCGAUUAGAAGUGUUUCAAGUGUUCACAUAGUACAAUUUAAUUAUAUGAAAACUUGCCAUCCAACCCAUAGUGUUACUGUGGAUGAUGCAUGUGACAAUUUGAAAGUUUAUAAUUUGGAUUGGAAUCCUGAUAAACUUCAAAUGUUUCUUGGAAAUGAACAGAAUCCAUUUGAACAACGCGUUCUGCUUUAG